UGCACUAAGCUGUUUGCAUCUUCUACUUGUUUGUUUUUUAGAAUCUAUAUCAAAAAGAAACACAGUGCAGCUACGCGCGACUCGUGUUUCAAAACCCUCACUCACUCAUCGUCUUUCCUUCCACCAUGAAGCUCGUCAGGUUUCUAAUGAAGCUGAACAACGAAACCGUUUCGAUUGAGCUUAAGAAUGGCACUGUUGUUCACGGCACCAUUACAGGUGUUGAUAUCAGUAUGAAUACACAUUUAAAAACAGUUAAACUAACUCUGAAAGGGAAAAACCCAGUUACUUUGGAUCAUCUGAGUGUGAGAGGCAACAACAUUCGUUAUUAUAUCCUUCCUGAUAGCUUGAAUCUUGAGACAUUACUGGUUGAAGAGGCUCCUAGGAUCAAGCCUAAGAAGCCAACUGCUGGGAAGCCUUUGGGGAGAGGUCGGGGACGAGGGCGUGGACGCGGACGUGGUCGUGGCCGUUAAAUUGCAAAUUAACUGAAUUUGUGGCCUUUGGUUGUACCUUUAUUGUAGGAAAUUUUUCUAAUGAGUUUAAAGACGUUGUAGCAGUGCUGUUGACCAGUUAAGUUAGUCAUGCAGACUUUAUUCACGUUGCCAUUUUCUUGCAUCAAUGCUUUGAAGUUCCCUUGUAUAAUUCUCCCUGUUGGAUCAUUGUCAUAUUUCAACUGAGAAUCUGCUGCUUA